AUGAAUUUAUGGAUGAUGGUGGCCAUUCUGCUGGCCGUGUGUGUGAUUGGAUUGUUGUUGGCCCGAUUUCUCUUCAAGACAGUGGGCCUCCGAAGAGGAAAUGCCUUGAUGGUGAUCGGAUUGAGUGAUUCCGGAAAAACAUGUUUGUUUUAUAAAUUGAAAGAUGGAAAGGUGGUGAAUACGCACACAAGUGUGAAGGAGAAUUAUGGAAAGUUUGUUCCCAAGUUGAUUCAAGGAAUUCCGGAGAAGGAGAUUGAAGUGGUGGAUAUUCCUGGACAUUCAAGAGUGAGACAACAAUUAAUUAAUCAAUAUUUACCAAUUACUAAAAAGAUUGCCUAUGUGUUGGAUGCUUCUGAUUUUAAUGCUUCAACCAAUGCAGAAUUCCUGUACGAUAUUUUAACAAAUAGAAAAUUGAUCGAUCAAUACAAGCCUGCAAGCUUUACCAUUAUUUGCAAUAAGGCAGAUAUUGCCUUCUAUGUCAAAAAUCACAUGAAGAGAGAAUUGGAAAGAGAAUUAACAACCAUUCACAACACCAAGAAGCAUCAACAUCAAUCCAUUGAUGAAGAUGUCAAUAUUGCUCCAUAUCCACUCAUGGAAUCUAAGGAAUUUUCAUUUGAAAAUUGGAGUGCAUUUAGAAAUAUUCCAAUUAAUUUUGAAUUUUGUUCUGUCACUAAGGAAAAGGAUGAAACCUUCAUUAAGAUGAUGGAAAAUGUUGUGAGUGAUUUGUAA